AUGUUCGUCAGCCGCUCCAAGCCCGAAGGCGAGCCCUACUCUGGCUACCCCAAGUCAAAGUUAUAUCUCGGCGCGAGGGGACGUUUACGAAUUUCGGGGUGGUGGGGCGUAGUCGGUGUUGACGAAAAGGUUUAA